AGCAGUCUAAGCCAUGGAUGGGGAAUCCUGCAGAGCUGUGGAAGUGGCGGCACUUGGCCGACCAUUUGGGCUUGGAAUGCUAUAUGACUGCCGCACUGAUUUGCUGGUCCCUGGAAUCACCCUUUGGGACCAAAAUGACAUAAUGGAAAAUACAAAUGAGAGGCCAUGGAGCUACAAUAAAUUUGAAAUAAUUGCAUCUGAAUCAGAUGAAAAAAAAUUCUCAGUUUUAGAUGUUAGUGGUUAACUGCAGUUAAGCUUUUCGAGUGGAAUGGUUGAAGUUGGAGGAUCUGGAAAUUAUCUGAAGGAUAACAAGACUUCCAAAAAUCAGGCCAGAGUAACACUGACAUAUCUGGCCAACACAAAAGUCCAAGAGCUCUCUAUAAAACAUCUUAAUGAAGUUUUAAAUCAUUCUGAAGUGUUUGAACAAGGCGUAGCAACACAUGUAGUGACAGCCAUCCUCUUUGGAGCCCAAGCCUUCUUUGUGUUUGACCGUGAGGUAUCCGAAGAUGAAAAUAUAGAAGACAUCAAGGGUGACUUCCAAUUAUCCAUCAAGAGUAAAGACAAAAUCUCUGUAAAUGGGGAGGCUUCUGUGAGGAAAAAUGAUACAGACAGAAAAUUGGAAAAUAAAUUUUCCUGUACAUUUUAUGGAGACUUUAUGCUCCAGAAAACUCCCUUGACCUUUCAGGAGGCCAUGCAGUUGUAUCAGAAUCUACCAGAACUACUGGGGCCCAACGGAGAGCAUGCUGUUCCGUUAAAGGUCUGGAUGAUGCCUCUGUCUAUUUUACAUCCUUCAGCUGCUAAACUGGCCCGUCAAGUGAGUGCUGCAUUAGUACAAGAAGCACAAAGGGUCCUUGAAGACUUCAAUCAGCUGGAAGUGAGGUGUAAUGAUGCCAUCAAAGCCACAGCUGAGAAGUUCCCACAGAAUAGUCAAAUCCUGAAGCACUUUAAAGACAUGUGCUCUGAUCUAAAACUAGAGCUCCAACAAGAUCUAGCAAAGAUGCUUCCUUUGAUCCGAGGAGGAGCAGAAGAGGAGGCAGUGUUGGCAGAUAUCCUGAAAAAGAGACAUUCUUCUCCUUUCAGCAACAAAAGGCUGAACCAGUGGAUGGAGUUUAAAGAGAAAGAGAGCUGUUUCCUGAAAGCUUUGAUCAGCAUGAUGAAGAACGCAAAGAUCCUGCCAUUUCCAAACCAACUGUAUGAAGAAAGUCUGAGUGCAGAGCAUGUUUUCUGUUUUGUCUUUACCUCCGUUGGUGAUGAUGAACCAUUCCUCUCAGCUUUCGAAAAACACAUAAAAGGAACCAAAACUGAUGGUGCUUACCCAGAAAAGGACCAUUGGUUAACAACGGAAAUAGAAGAUAAGAUGAAGAGAAAUGCUAAAUACUUCAGGGAUUUUGCAGAGCGCAGAAAGGAGGAAAAAAAUGUGAAGUUUGUGGCGGUGGCUUUAAAAGAUGAUGAGUACAGCAAGGAAGGUUCAACCAUCUACCAUUAUAGAAAUGGCAUCUGUGAGAAUAAGUGCUAUUGGGAAGACUCGGAUCAGUAA